AUGCCUGAUAGUAAGAAAUCCCCCAAUUUAAAGCCCAUUGAACUGGGUGGGUCUCGUAGUACUAGCAUACAAGGAUUGAACUCCUCCGGAAGUAAUAAUUUGAAACAAAAAAGUCUGGGAAAAUUCAAAAAACGACCAAAUUUAAAUAGAUUACCAUCGGGCCAGCCUAAGUUAUUAUUCUCCGUAGAUGAUGAUAUAAACGACGAUAUCUCCGAUGAAGAUUAUAACAAGAAGGAUAGAGAGUAUUUAGAAGGAUACCAUGCAGCUUUAAAGGCUUUGUUGAAGAAAAAGAAGGAAGAUAAUGGAUCAUAUUUCCCUGAUACCUCAAUGACCUCCACACCUAUGGAGGAGAAUAUCAAACAUCAAUUAGAAAGUGCUGAAGAGAGUUUGAAAGUUUUAGAAGAUUUAGAUGAAGAUUAUGGACAAGCAAAUGUGGUUCCCACACCACAAAUUGAAAGUGAAGAUGACGCAUUGGAAGAUACUGAAUCGAUUAAAUCUUCAUCAUCAUCCCAAACAAUUGAAUCUUUGAACUUAAGAGAAAGACAGGAUGCCAUUAACUCCACUCAUCCUUUUGGUAUAAAGAUUUGGAAACCUUCAUUGUAUAAAAAGAAAAGAUCAGUAGCUGCUAGAGCUGAAGAAGAUAUUCAUGAAACUGAACAUCGACCUCUGGGAUUGAAUCCUUGGGUUUAUAUUACCAAUUUCAUUUGGUCCAUUACUUUAGGAUUAUUUCUUUAUCUCAUAUGUUGCUUCUGUGCUGUGUCCUUAUUUGUAGCCACGGGUUUUGGUUUCAGAAAGGACGCAAGAUCAUAUAUCAAAUUAAUUUAUAACUUGGGGAAAUUCUGGUUAUUCCCAUUCGGGAAAUUCGUCUUACUUAACAAGGAUGAAAAUUAUAUUGAAGAAGAUGAUAUCUAUGGAUCUUCAAUCAAUGAAUUUCAUAGAUGGAGGUCAGAAGAAGAAGGAAGAUUGUUUUUUGCACCUCCUAGAAGAUUAACCAAUUCAAACGAAUCAAGACCUUUAAUCAAAGAUCAUAAAGGUAGACCUUUAAGAGAUGCUUACACGUUUCUUAAUGACGAGAAUCAAGAAGCUGUUGACCAUGGUCACGCUGAUGAUGAUGAGAAUAAUGAUGUUAACAUUAAAGUCAGAUUCUUCGGUAGAGGUAAUUGGACUUGGCCUAGAAUUAUCUUCUACAUAAUUUUCUAUGGUAUCAUGCAACCUAUCUUUUAUUUUGUCGGUAUACUUUGUUGGUUGAUAGUGUUUACUAUUCCAAUGUCCAAUAUCACCAAUUUAAUUUGUGCUCAUUUGAAACGUCAUCCUUUAGCCUUACAUUUCGAAGACGAAAAACAUUAUUAUAGUCAUCAAACUGAACAAAGGAAAAGAAACCAAUCAAUAUUGUUAUGUACCUACAGAUGUUGUGGAUUACAUUAUUAUAAGUAUACUAUUGAUGGUACCAAUGUGUUCUUUAUCAAUUUAUUAUUUGCCGUGAUAUUUGUGAUUUUUGAUUUCUACAUUUUAAGAGAACAAUUGGGUUUGGAAAUUACUUUAACAGAUCCUGGAUUCUUGUUUUUAGCUUGUCUUUUCUCCACCAUUCCAUUGGCUUUCUUCAUAGGUCAAGCAGUGGCAUCUAUUUCUGCUCAAUCUUCAAUGGGAGUUGGUGCUUUUAUAAAUGCAUUUUUCUCCACAAUUGUGGAAAUUUUUCUUUAUUGUGUAGCUUUGGGUCAAUCUAAGGCUAAAAUUGUUGAAGGUGGUAUGAUUGGCUCAGUAUUGGCAGGGGUACUUUUAUUACCAGGAUUAUCUAUGUGUUCAGGAGCUUUGAAACGUAAAACUCAAAGAUAUAAUCCAAGAUCCGCUGGUGUUUCUUCAACAAUGUUAUUGUUCGGAAUGUUAACAAUGUUCACUCCUUCAUUGUUCUAUCAAAUCUAUGGAAGUUAUGAGAUUAAGUGUAAGUCAGCUGAUCUUUCUAAUGAUAUCAAAGAUUAUACUAAAUGUCGAUUCAUUCAACCAUCAUUUGCAUUAGAUGGUUUGUACUAUAAUAUCAUCCAACCUUUUGCUUUAACUGCUGCUGUAGCGUUAUUAUUAGCAUACUUUUGUGGUAUUUAUUUCACUUUAAGAUCUCAUGCAUCAUUGAUCUGGGCUACUAACCAAGAACAUCAUAAGAAAGAUGAAAUGUCUUUAAGAUCUCCAAGUGUAGCAUCGAUAGAUGUUGGCAAGAAAAAGAUGAAUUUGCCUUCAAUUGAUCUUAAGAAAUCAUUCGCUCCUUUACCCUCAAGUUCCACCCUUAAUAUCGCCAAACAAAGAAAAUCUAAAGAUCUUAAUUUGAAUUUAAGUAACCCUAAGGAUAUUUUGAAAGACGUACAAAAAGAACUUUUGAGUCCUGGAAGAACCACUCCAGUAACUCCAGGCAAAAAGGACAUAAAAAAGGAAAUUUUACAUAAGAAUAGCAUAGUUGAAGAGGAUGAGGAAGUUGGAGGUCAUGAUGCCCCUAAUUGGUCUCGUUCGAAAUCUGGAAUCAUAUUAAUUGGGGCAACAAUAUUAUAUGCUGUGAUAGCUGAAAUUUUGGUAGAUGUUGUUGAUGAUGUGUUAAAAUCUUAUCCUUUAAAUCCUAAAUUCUUGGGUUUAACGGUGUUUGCUUUGGUUCCAAAUACCACCGAAUUCAUAAAUGCCAUUUCUUUCGCUAUUGGUGGUAAUGUUGCCUUAUCCAUGGAAAUUGGUUCUGCCUAUGCUCUACAAGUGGUACUUAUCCAAAUCCCCGUUCUUGCCAUUUAUUCUACUUUCACUGGUUAUGAAGAUCCAUUACAAUUAUUCCCCCUUGUGUUCCCUCGUUGGGAUAUCAUAGCUACUUUGAUUUCUAUUUAUUUGUUCACUUACAUUUAUGCUGAAGGGAAAUCCAAUUAUUUCAAAGGUGUGAUUUUAAUGUUAGUUUAUAGUGUGGUGUUGGUUGGAUUCUAUUUGAACGAUUCCAUUGAAGAUUUUAAUGAUGGUUAUAAUUAUCCAAGCCCUCCAAUAUUUGGAAUGAGCCAUUAG